UUAUCUCCGGCUGGAAAAAAGUUACCCUUGUACCAGUCCGCACCCUCCGCAUCUCUCUCAACCACCAUGGCCUCUGCAAUCGUGCUAUCGAAGUUCCCUCCUUCAACGUACGCCGUAGAUGAGGAUAUUUCUGCUUCUGAAAAUGUUACCCAAGUCUUGAGUUCAGUAGAUGAUCCCGAAUUGAAGUUGCCAAAGCGCUCUUCCUUGGUGAUCAUUCUGUUGGCCAAUGCUCUUCUUCAGAUCUCUUUUUUUAUCAUCGUCUCUUCGUCAAACGAGUAUGCGUUACAUCUAGGUGGUACUUCGACAUUUAGCGGUGUUGUUAUCGGUAUACCCACUGUGUUUUCGGGACUGACACUCAUUCCUCUCAUGAAAUAUGAUAGAGGUGGAUAUGGUCUCGCCUUAAAUAUAUCCUGUGCCGCUUCCAUUUCCGGAAUGGUGCUCUAUGCAUGUGCCUACAAAGCAAAUUGGCUAUAUCUCAUUCUCUUGGGACGAAUAACUAGCGGCGUUGGUUUUGCAAUGUGGAUGUACUGCAAGCGCUUUUGCUCUGACCCACGGAUCGUCGGAAUUAGAAGGAGAACCACACUUGCGAGUUGGCUUAUGGUGGGAAACGGUGUCGGUAUGGGGUUGGGCCCUCUAUUUGGUGGAAUCUUCUACAGAUAUGUUGGAUUCGGGAAGGGGACGGGAAAUGUUUGGAAUGGCUUCACUAGUCCGGCGUGGGUUUUAGCAGGACUUUGGGCGGUUUACUGGGUUGCCGUUAGGAUUUGGUUCGACGAUGUGAUCGAGAAACCUUCUAUAGAGUCUGAUCCUGAAAAUAUCGAGCUUGAAGACAAAACUCCUGUACAACUAAUGGAUAAUACUUCGAACGACGAUCCGGUGAACGCUUCGGGGACCUCUUUUCGACAUCAUGUUCGUCCCUCUCCUUCCUCCUCCAAUAUGCCCUCUCGUUCACCGUCUCCACCGACCGAGCACAGCGGCAAGCUAGAACUCGGUCAGUGGGCCUCGGUCGUUUGCAUAUGUUGGUUUGCAAUGGCAUCGUUUUUCAUUCUAGGUGCGUGGGAAGCCAAUAUUCCAGUUUAUGGAUCUGUGGAUCCACACCUCAAUUUCACUCCCUUCUCUGCGGGGAAUUUCCUUGGAAUUGGCGCUCUGGCUUGUUUUCCUUUCUUCGUGCUGAACGUUUUCCUUGCUCGACGGGUCCAAGACCGAUAUACACUCAUGUUUGGCGCAGGACUUGGUGGUGCUGCCCUCAUAGUAUUUCUAGUUUUGGUCAGCCUAGAUAAGACUGCAUCAGGAGGUUCAAGCAACUGGAUAUCAAGUCAGAUAGGUGUUGGAACUGCUCCGGCAUUUUUUAUUUGCUGGUUCGCUGUUGCAUUGGGAUUCAAUGUGGCCAGCACUGUCACAAUGAGUCUGCUCAGCAAGCAAUUACCGCCAACUGUGAAAUGGAAUGGUAUGUCAUCUGUCAUGGUACAAUAUAGCAACUAUCUAGGAAGGGUAACUGGAGCUGUAUGGGGUGGUGCUGGUGUCAGUGUAGGCAUGUCACGGUAUGUUGGGUUAGAGAUUGCUAUUACUGGUAUUGGAAUGGCAUUAGCAUCAUCAGUAUGGAAGCAUCUCAAGGCCAAAACUGGUUGAAUUAUCUGUCUCACACAAAGGCAUUCCUCUUCAAGCUUUAGAAUACCUGCCUAUGUGUGUAUAACGACGUUCGGUCCUACUGGCUUCCUAGAUAGAGAUAGAGAUAGUCUUCAUUUAAUAAAUCGGCCUCGCAACUAUUCAACUCCUGCU